AUGGAUCUCAUUCCAAGUGCCUUUGUGGCACGUCCGUUGAAGAUUGUGGUUAUUGGCGCCGGUAUUUCAGGAAUCCAAUUCGCACAUGAUGCGACCACAUCAUUAUUAGGUGUCGAUCUCGAAAUCUACGACAGAAAUCCUUCCCUUGGAGGUACAUGGUAUGAAAAUCGGUAUCCCGGAUGCACAUGCGAUGUGCCUUCCCACACCUACCAGUUCAAUUGGGCACCCAAUCCCUCAUGGUCAUCGCUUUAUCCCCCAGCUCCCGAGAUUCACAAAUACUUGGAGGAUGUGGCCGACAGGCACAAUCUCCGCCGCUUUAUGACCUUCAACACCAAAUGCAUCUUGGCGCAAUGGAACGAAGACUCCUCAAAAUGGAAAGUUGUUCUCUGCGACGUGGUUUCUGGCGAAGAAAAGACCAUCUUUGCUGAUGUCUUCGUCUACGCUGUCGGGCGGUUGAACAACUACAAGUUCCCCAAGAUUGCGGGCCAGAAAAGCUUCCGAGGAGCCCAAGUACAUACUGCAAACUGGCCAGCUGAUAUGACUGUCAAAGACAAGCGAGUGAUUGUGAUCGGGAAUGGUGCAAGCGCCAUUCAGUGCGUGGCAGCUUUGCAGCCAGUCGCUUCGCAAAUAAUCAACAUCGCGCGAGGCCCAACGUGGAUUCUCCCACAUGCAUCGGCUGAAGAUGGUACUGUCCAGCGCGAAUACUCAACCGAACAGAAGCAAGCUCUCCAGACAUGCCCUAUGCGCUAUUAUGACUUUUGCAUCUCAUUAGAGCGGAGACUUGCCGCAAGUUUCACGGGACUCUGGAGAGGGACCAAAUCUCAAGCCAAUUUUACAUCAUUGGCACAUUCAUUCAUGAAGUCCAAGAUCACAAGCCCUGAGCUUUUGGACGCACUCCUACCAGAAUUCGAAGCUGGAUGUCGUCGCUUCACUCCCGGUGGUCACUAUCUAGAUGCGUUGCAGAAGCCCAACGCCAUGUAUGUGCAUGAUUCGAUCAAAAAGCUGACCGAGGGUAGCCUUAUCACUGAAUCCGGAGGGGAGUACAAGUGUGACAUAUUGGUAUAUGCCACUGGAUUCGAGCCAUAUCAGCCACGAUUCCCAGUCACUGGCCGCGCUGGACGAUCGCUGAGUGAAGACUGGGAUCGCGAGGGACCAUGCGAGAGUUAUAUGGCUGCGAUGGUUGCUGAGUUCCCUAACUUUUUCGUCUUCAAUCCCCCAAUCUGCCCUGUGAAUGGAUCCGCCAUCCCCGGGAUCGAGAGAGCAAGCAACUAUAUGAUUCGAAUCCUAUCCCGACUCCAAACAGACAGAUUGCGAUCCGUGUCUGUGAGCCAGCGGGCUCAGCGUGCAUUUAACCAAUGGGUUCAGUCGAGAAUGCCUCACAUGGUCUGGUCGGGACCAUGCAAAUCAUGGUACAAGAACGACAAUGGAAAGGUAGUUGUUCCCUGGCCCGGUACUGUCCUCCACUACUAUGCGGCAACCGAAAUUGUGCGCUGGGAAGACUUCGAUCUAGUCUACGAGAACCCCGAUGAGAAAUAUGCAAGUUUCGGCAAUGGUGUGACAAUUGAUGGAUUCGUGCCCAAUCAUUUCCCCUGGGUUCAUCCCCCCACCAAUUUCCAAAAGCCAGAACGGAAUGCGCAGCCAGCUUCUCAAGUCCUUGCACCACCAAGCAACGUGUUGUAUCGUGUGACAAGCCAAGUCUUACAGUUGCUGGGCGCAUGGUCGUAUCUUGGUGAACCACCAGUCAAGAGUUGA